AUGAAAUACGCGACAACACUUGCAGGGAUUCUGGCCCUCGCAUUACAGUCAUAUUCACUGGCAGUCGGUGCACCCCCCAUCAUUGAUCUGGGAUACGCACAGUACCAAGGAACAGUUGUGCAAGACAAAGUGACAAAUGCCACCCAUACUCAAUUCUUAGGGAUCAGAUAUGCUGCUCCUCCCACCGGCGCUGCCCGCUUUCAGGCCCCUGCAUUACCCGCCACAACACCCGGUGUUCAACAAGCAAAUGCCCAACCUCCGGAAUGUUUCCAGGCAAAUUCGGGAGUCGCAUCGACGACGCCCUUCCGUAUCGGGAAAAAUGCUGCGAGAGCAGCCGACGCUGGACCAUCGGAGGACUGUCUUUUCUUAAAUGUCUUUUUGCCUGGAAACCUUGGAGAAAAGAAAAAACUGCCCGUCGUGUUUUGGAUCCACGGAGGUGGUUAUAUCGAAGGCAGUGCUUCUGGAUUUGACGGGAAUGAUCUCAUUCGCGCCUCUGGAGAGAAUGUCAUCGCCGUCGUUAUUCAAUAUAGGUUGGGUGUGUUUGGAUUCCUCCCUGGACAGAAAGUGAAAGACGGAGGUGCUCUGAACGCUGGAUUGCUGGACCAACAAUUCGCAUUACAAUGGGUCCAGAAGCAUAUCCGAAAAUUCGGUGGAGAUCCUAAAAAAGUAACCAUCUGGGGAGAAUCGGCUGGCGCUGGGUCUGUGUUGCAGCAUGUUGUCGCUAAUGGAGGGAAAACCCGUCCAGCCCUCUUCCGAGCAGCGAUGACUAGUUCAACAUUCUUGCCAUCUCAAUACAAGUUUAAUGAUCGCAUUCCGGAGGCAAGUAUCAGAUUCAAAAAAUGCAGCGACUGUGCCUCUGCAGCAGACGCGUUGGAGUGCCUCCGACAAGUCGAUGUUAACACAUUGCAAAAUGCUAACGCUGCUAUUAACUUGAGUGGAUUCUUCGGGACCUUUGUUUUCGUUCCCGUCAUCGACGGAACGUUCAGUACCGACAGACCAACAGUCCUGUUAAAAGAGGGUAAGGUCAAUGGGCAAAUUAUCUUAUCAGUAACGAACACUUUUGAGGGCGUCGCCUUUGUCAACCAGGCUACAGCAAAUACAGUCCAAGUUGCAGACUAUGCUUCUCAGCUGUUCCCCAACUUUACACCUCAGCAGGCCCAGGCUGUGGCAGCGCAAUACGCUGGCUUGGGUACCAACAUUUUCCAAGUAAAUGCCAUCAUGGGUGAAUCAAUCUUCAUCUGCCCCACAUACUUCCUUCUUCGUGCUUUCGGAGGCGCUGGAUUCAAGGCAAGCAUCCAAACCCCCAGUCUGAAGGCUAUGGGUGAAUUCGCUAUCCCACCUGGAAGUCAUGGAGAGGACGUUGGAUUCUACUUUAACAAUGGCGGACUUCCUUCUGCUUUCCGAAAUCAGCAAUUUGUCACAGCCUUUUCGGAAAGCUUCCAAAACUUUGUGAUCUCCCUCAACACAAACACUAAAACGGAUAGCUCCAACAUUACACCAUCAUGGCCGCUAUGGAAUGGGUCAAAUGAAAUGCUUUUCAACAAGACUGCUGCCGGCGCUGUAGAUAUUAGAGAAAUCCAAACAUCGACUGCGCUGCUGAGCCGCUGCGAGUAUGUCAUUAUUCUCUUCAAUCUUUCCUGUGUUCAACUUAUUAAUCAUCGAUUCUUAGUUUCUGGGAGACUUCACUCGGAGGACAUAGCUAUGUUCGCCAAUUCAAGCAACUUGGUAAUAACUGGAGGAACCUACACACAGGUGGCAAAUUUGCCAGGACAAGAGUUUUUCACAUUGCAUUCGCACAUAGCAUCUGGAGCCCUUCACGACUCUGGAGAGCGUUUCAAUCCACCACGCUGCCACCCAGAGACCCGAAGAGCUCUGCUCUCCGAAAUCGUGGAUUGGGUCAGACAAACAAAUAGAGAAACCGUCAUCAUGUGGCUCUACGGCUCGAUUGGGUCUGGGAAGUCUGCACUGGCACAGUCAUUAGCAGAGAAAUACCAAGACCUUGGGCUAUUAGCAGCAACCUUCUUUUUUGCCAGACUGUCGGCUGAGCGAUGUCACGAAAGGCGUCUCUCACCCACAAUUUCUUAUCAACUGGCUAUAUCCGUUCCGGAGACUCGCUCGCACAUUGAACAUGUCAUUCAUGGUGAUCCAUCCGUGUUUGAUCGAGCAUUCCAAACACAGUACCAGAAAUUGGUCGUCAAUCCACUUUCCUUAAUCGAAACAGCUCAGGUUAGGCCAAAGCUUGUCAUUAUUGACGGCCUCGAUGAAUGCCUGGACCCAAAGGCUCAGCGUUACAUCUUAGACGUAAUCAGCCAGGAAUUUCACAGACGGCCGUAUCUCCCUCUACUAUACUUCAUUACCAGCCGCGUCGAGGAUCAUAUUCGUACAGGGUUUACUAGUGGACUACUGCAACGCAUAUCUAAGCAGGUUUCUUUGCAAGAUUAUCUUGGCUCCCAUGAUGAUAUUCGUAUUUUUAUCCAGAAGCAGUUCGAGCAGAUUAAAAGGGAUCAUCCUUUGCGAUUCCUUAUUCCUUCUACAUGGCCAGCUGAAGAUACUGUAGAGACCUUGGUUCGAAAGUCAUCGGGCCAGUUUGCAUACGCUGCGACAGUUGUUCAAUACGUGAGUUCUAUUCAUCAUCGCCCUCCGCAUAGGUUAGACGCGAUACUGGGCCUCUCUGAUCAUGUUCGUGACCCACCGUUUGCUGGUCUUGAUUCAUUAUAUGGACAUGUUUUUUCUUUAAUUCCUUACCAAGAUGGUGCCCGUCGCAUCUUGAGCGUGGUUAUUCUCGUGGAUCUGAAAAUGCCUCCCAGUUUAGUGGAGCAAUUUCUGAGCUUGGAAGCUGGCGAUGUUCAGCUACACAUGAGUGGACUGUCCUCCAUUAUCGACUUUAGGGAGCAUCAUAUGCCAAUGAAGAUGCUAAAUGAUUCGUUUGGCGAUUUUCUACUGGAUCCAACUCGAUCAGGGGACAUGUACAUCGAUUCAGGGAAAGCGCACGCAGACCUCGCAACUGCUUGUCUUCUGCAUCUUGAAAAGCUUGAGGUUCCAAUUCUCAUCGACUACGCGUGUUACAAUCUCGAACGACAUCUUGAUUUGGCGGCCGGCACAGUUCAGCUACACGAAGCCAUUUGUCGCUUUCGGCUCAGCGAGUUCAUGACGCGCUCUAAAGCUCUCUGUACACAGCAGGGGGUGCUCAUGACAUUGGAGGAUAUAUGGUACUUUAUACCAUCAUUCCUUGAUUGCGUGCAAAAUUCUAUAAUUUUCGACGACGCUAUUGACAUAUAUAACUACCACUUGAAGAUCUUCGACGAGUAUCUGGAAUCCGAGUUCGACAAGUACAUUGGGGAUGGUAGAUUGCAAGACAUGGUGACAAUGCUUACCAUUUGCCACUCUCCUGUUACUGUACCAGAUUUGGAAUCCGUGCCGUAUUUCAAGGAUUCUAUUCUGGAUCUCAAUGAAUCUCUGGACCAUCUCAUUCAAAUCGACGAGAGCGCCCUCAACAUCCGGCACAUGGUACGGAGGCACGGUCAGUCAGAGCCAUACAUUGAAAUACUAUGUCAAUACCUAGAGGACGAAGGACGAUCCGGUAGGCAUUUUAUCGAUGGAGAUAAAUACGCAAGGGCUGCCCUUAGGUUCUCGAAAAGAAUCAGUGGUUUAUUGAAAAACCCCCGCGAUGACCAAGACGCUCGGUUUUUAAUCUGGAGUCUCGAGUGCACGCCCCCUCUUCUUCUUCACGCCAAUCAUCACGAGGAACUAGAGACAUGUCUCAAAGGCGCUCUUAUAGACAUCACUGCACCGCCAUUGCAUUUUUCUUUCUACCCCACACUCGUUCGGAUGCCGCAUGCAUCCCAACCUCGUUGCGGACACUCUGCACAUUUGAGCCUUGUCCCUCAAGGUCUAAGGAUUCAAUGCCAAUCAGAGUCACAGGACAAAAUGGUACGCACCGAUCGCGAACAGGAUGAACUUGACGCCUACCUCAUCAAUCCUAUCACGGCGUUAUACAACAAAGAGAUAUGCUGCUGCUCAAAUUUACUUACAAAAUAUUAUUUUCGCCAUCAACUUUCCAACCGCAACGUUCAUCACGAAGCCGUCAGAUCACGUGGAAAGGCCAGUGUCAUUGUACAUGUAGAGGAUCCAUUUCCGGAAAUAAUUUCCUCAAUUGGACAAAACGCCGGAGGCGCUGAAGUCUCUGGUGGCGGAGUCAUUAAAAUCAUCACUUACCGAAUUUGGAGAAGUCUUGUCGGUAGUCAGCAGGAUUUCUUUGACUUAACACAACCGUUGGAAAGUCGGUAG